AAUGCAAGGGCUCUUUGUCAUCAUGAGAAAAUUGCGUAGGAUCUGGCGUCGGUAUCCAGCAGCUUACGGACGAGGUAUUGUCCAAAUGAAGGCCAAGUGAGUUGAACCACGAGUGAGUCGUGUGGUAGGUGUAGGUGUCGAGGCGGGAUUAUAAGCCAAUGUAACCGAAGGAUGCCUUAACGAAUAACACGAUUCAAAAUCUUUCCCCCCUUGUUGCCUGUUGUGUUCUUCCACGUUCUUUGCCAAAUUCCGGCUUCCUUUUCCAUGCCCAAGCAUCUCGUUAUCCAAGACCGUGACAAGCACCACGGCACCAGUCCGCGACAAGUCAACCAAACGAACCAAAGGCAGAGCUGAACGCGAAAGGGAGGGAGCUCGGAUCGGAUGCGGCGGCGCGCGGAGGUGGCCGUGGUGGGCGCGGGCGCGGCGGGGCUGGUGGCCGCGCGCGAGCUGCUCCGCGAGGGCCACACCGUGUCCGUCUUCGAGAAGUCAGGCCGCGUGGGGGGCACCUGGGCGUACAGUCCGCGCGCGGACGCGGACCCGCUGGGCAGCGACCCGGGCGCCCCCGGCGCCGUGCACAGCAGCCUGUAUGCGUCGCUGCGCACCAACCUGCCGCGCGAGCUCAUGGGCUUCUCGGGCUUCCCGCUGGCCGGGCGGGCGUUCGCCGGCGAUCCGCGCACGUUCCCGGGCCACCGGGAGGUCCUCGCCUACCUCGACGCCUUCGCCGCGGAUUCCGGCGUCGCCCCGCACGUCAGGCUCCGAGCCCAAGUGCUGCGGGUGAGGCCGCUCUGUCCGGGUCGGGGACAGGGGGAGAAGUGGGCGGUGGCGUGGCGCGGGGAAGACGGCGACGUCGCGGAGGAGGCAUUCGACGCCGUCGUCGUCUGCAAUGGCCACUGCUCGGUGCCUCUAGUGCCCAAGAUCCGAGGAAUUAACAAGUGGCGGGGAAAGCAAAUGCACAGCCACAAUUACCGCACCCCGGAACCAUUCCAAGAUCAGAGUGUUGUAGUCGUAGGAUUGGGAGCCAGCGGAAUCGACAUCGCUAGAGAAAUCUCACACGUGGCCAAGGAGGUGCACAUCUCAGCUAGAUACUCGGAGGGCAGGCUCGGAAAGAUUGAACUCUAUCAUAACGCCUGGAUGCACAGCGAGAUAGAGUGCAUCCAAGACGACGGCCAGGUGCGCUUUGCCGAAGGCUCAUCUGUGGCUGCAGACACCAUUCUUUACUGCACAGGGUACCGCUACCAUUUUCCGUUCCUGGACCUGGAUGGGUUCACCGUCGACGACAACCGCGUCGGGCCACUGUACAAGCACGUCUUCCCACCCAAGCAUGCACCCAAUCUCUGUUUCGUUGGGCUGCCAUACAAGAUUUCUUGCGUGUGCUUCGCAGAGCAUCAUCUUCCAGGCACUAGAGCUGGAAUCCAAGUGGGUCGCCGCCGUCCUGUCGGGGCGUGCCGAGCUGCCGGUGGAGGAGGACAUGACGGCCGACGUGGAAGAGGAGUACCAGCGCAUGGAGGACGCCGGGAAGCCGAAGCGCCACACCCACACGCUGUGGCCUCGGUGGGUGGAGUACCUGAACUGGGUGGCGGACCAGGUCGGCGAGGCGCACCUGGAGCCUAGGAAGUGCGAGAUGUAUGAGAAGGCGCUCAAGUGCGUCUGGUCCCUGGACGAGGGCUACCGUGAUCGAUGGGAAGAAGAAAGCAUUGGCAGUGGCUGAGGCUCCCGAAUUUUUUGUUUUUGAGUCCUUUUUGUGUCAAAAAUUUCCAAUUAGACCCCCAGAAAACUUAAAUGCAAUUUUGGACCCAUUUCUCGGCGCCAUGAGCUAUGGCGCCGAGUUUACACAUCUCGGCGCCAUAGAUCUUGGCGCCGAGCUACCUGCCGCGCUGUCGUCCACGAGCUGACGCGGCGUCGACGUGGCAUCGAGCUCGGCGCCAAGAUCUAUGGCGCCGAGCUCGAAUAUAUAACCACAAAGCUUGUCUAGCUCAGUUGGCAAAGUGCAAGGCUCUUAACCUUAAGGUCGUGGGUUCGAGCCCCACCGUGAACAUAUUUUUUUGUCUUUGUCACUGAUUUGUUUUUUAUUGUCCAGAUUUUUUUGUUUAUGCCGCUGAUUUGUCCGUGCGUUCAAUAUUUUUUGUCUUUGUUACUGAUUUAUUUUUUAUUGUCCAGAUUUUUUUUGUUUAUGCCGCUGAUUUGUUCGUGCUUUUUAAUUCGAUGCUUCCCGCCUCAGACUCCACUAAUUGGUGCACUAGCUAGCUACGUACUAGUGUAUUAUUUGUAAGCUAGAUGUUCAUCCUUUUCCCUCCCUUUUGAAUUGAAUGAAUUCUGAUGAA